GGGCCGCGCGCCUCGACGCUCGCGAAGGCUCGGCGCGCCUGCGGUCCUCGGCCGCUCGGGGAACCUGAGGGACGCGCGGCUGCCUGCGGGGCCAGCGGCGCUGCCCGGGAGAGCCCGGAGGCCGGCGGUGAGCUAUUUCAACAAGAAAGAAGCCACUCUCCUCCUAAGAUGGAAUCUGUGAUUUGGGAAUGCGGUUGAUGGAGUUGCUAUGCUGGCCAGAUGUGCCCAAUGUAAUAAAAUGAAAAGAAGAUACAAGAUGAUGUCAUCUUCCCAUAUUGUGAAACCAAAAACAAAUGCCCUUUGUGAGACCAGGUUACCAGUUCUUUGACAGUACAGGGAGUUUUUAAACUGAGGAGCCUAACAGAUAAGGGGUACUUUCAAGCUGAGACCUGCAGGCAUAUACUGAUCUAAAACGCAUCUUGUGUAGAUCUGAUCAUCCGAGCCUCAUUCUGAUCCAGGAAGAAUGGCUGUGAGCUGGAUUGUCUUUGAUCUUUGGCUCUUGACUGUGUUUCUGGGGCAGAUAGGUGGGCACAGUUUGUUUUCUUGUGAACCUAUAACCUUGAGGAUGUGCCAAGAUUUGCCUUACAAUACUACCUUCAUGCCUAAUCUUCUGAACCAUUAUGACCAACAGACUGCAGCUUUAGCAAUGGAGCCCUUCCACCCUAUGGUGAACCUGGAUUGUUCUCGGGAUUUUCGGCCAUUUCUUUGUGCACUCUAUGCCCCUAUUUGUAUGGAAUAUGGACGUGUCACACUUCCCUGCCGUAGGCUGUGUCAGCGUGCCUAUAGCGAGUGUUCAAAACUCAUGGAGAUGUUUGGUGUCCCGUGGCCUGAAGAUAUGGAGUGCAGUAGGUUUCCAGAUUGUGAUGAGCCAUAUCCCCGACUUGUGGAUUUGAAUUUAGUUGGAGAUCCAACUGAAGGAGCCCCAGUUGCAGUGCAGAGGGACUAUGGUUUUUGGUGUCCCAGAGAGUUAAAAAUUGAUCCUGAUCUUGGCUAUUCCUUUCUGCACGUGCGAGAUUGUUCGCCACCAUGUCCCAAUAUGUACUUCAGGAGAGAAGAACUGUCAUUUGCUCGCUAUUUCAUAGGCCUGAUUUCAAUCAUUUGCCUCUCUGCCACAUUGUUUACUUUUUUAACCUUUCUAAUUGACGUCACAAGAUUCCGUUACCCUGAAAGACCUAUCAUAUUUUAUGCAGUCUGCUACAUGAUGGUGUCAUUAAUUUUCUUCAUUGGGUUUUUGCUGGAGGACCGAGUAGCCUGCAAUGCAUCUAGCCCUGCACAGUAUAAGGCUUCUACAGUGACACAAGGAUCUCACAAUAAGGCCUGUACCAUGCUCUUUAUGGUACUAUAUUUUUUCACUAUGGCUGGCAGUGUAUGGUGGGUAAUUCUUACCAUCACAUGGUUUUUAGCAGCUGUGCCAAAGUGGGGCAGUGAAGCUAUUGAGAAGAAAGCAUUGCUGUUUCAUGCCAGUGCCUGGGGCAUCCCCGGAACUCUAACUAUCAUCCUUUUAGCGAUGAAUAAAAUUGAAGGUGACAAUAUUAGUGGCGUGUGUUUUGUCGGCCUCUACGACGUUGAUGCAUUAAGAUAUUUCGUUCUCGCUCCCCUCUGCCUGUAUGUGGUAGUUGGGGUUUCUCUCCUUUUAGCCGGCAUUAUAUCCCUAAACAGAGUUCGGAUUGAGAUCCCAUUAGAAAAGGAAAACCAAGAUAAGUUAGUGAAGUUCAUGAUCCGGAUUGGUGUUUUCAGCAUUCUCUACCUUGUGCCACUCUUGGUUGUAAUUGGAUGUUACUUUUAUGAGCAAGCUUACCGCGGCAUCUGGGAGACAACAUGGAUCCAGGAACGCUGCAGAGAGUAUCACAUUCCAUGUCCGUACCAGGUUACUCAGAUGAGUCGUCCAGACCUGAUUCUCUUUCUGAUGAAGUAUCUCAUGGCUCUCAUAGUUGGGAUUCCCUCUAUAUUUUGGGUUGGAAGCAAAAAGACAUGCUUUGAAUGGGCCAGUUUUUUCCAUGGGCGUAGGAAAAAAGAGAUAGUGAAUGAGAGCCGGCAGGUGCUCCAGGAACCUGACUUUGCUCAGUCACUCCUGAGGGACCCAAAUACUCCAAUUAUAAGAAAAUCAAGAGGAACUUCCACUCAAGGGACAUCCACACAUGCUUCUUCAACUCAGCUGGCCAUGGUGGAUGACCAAAGAAGCAAAGCAGGGAGUGUCCACAGCAAAGUGAGCAGCUACCAUGGCAGCCUCCACAGGUCACGGGAUGGCAGGUACACUCCCUGCAGUUACCGAGGAAUGGAGGAGAGACUACCUCACGGCAGCAUGUCACGGCUGACGGAUCAUUCCAGGCACAGUAGUUCUCAUCGGCUCAACGAGCAGUCCCGACACAGCAGCAUCCGAGACCUCAGUAACAACCCCAUGACUCACAUUACACAUGGCACCAGCAUGAACCGUGUUAUUGAGGAGGAUGGAACCAGUGCUUAGUCUUGUCUAAGGUGAAAUGUGUGCUGUUGAAAAGCAGGUUUUAGUUUUUGCCUUCGCAUGGCUGGCUGCUGUAACUCACUGUCGCUCUGCUUUCUUGGGCAGAGUGUGCCCACUGGGAAAGUAGAUCUUUGCUCUUUGUAUCACAUCAACCCUGGGGUGUGAACACAUCCCAAACCCUAAGGAUCAUGUCAUCACAAAAGUAAUUCUUUCUAGGCUGUGAAGAGAUGAUUGUCUGGUGAGCAUUUUUAUAAACAUGCUUAUUUUAUAUCUAGAAAAAUCCUCUAUGUGUGGUGACUGCUUUGUAGUGAAUUUUCAUAUAAUAUGAACUAGUUGUGAAAUGACAUUCUGGUAGCUCUGUUAAUAAAACAAAGUUUCAGAAUUAAAGAAAAUUUCUAUGCAAGGUUUAUUUCUCAGAUGAAUACUAGGUCUUUGUAGGUUUAUUUCCACAGAGUGAAAAAAGGAACCGUUUUUAAACUGUAGAAGACUUUGAUAAGCCAGCAAGAGUAUUUUAGCUAAGAUAACAGUGCCAUGGAAGAUCUGGUUGGCCUGUGGGAGGUUGUCUCAAAGUCUGUCAGUCUUCCCCCAAGAUAUGCAGGCUGUGGAUGAGCACUGGAGUAGAGGCAGAGAUGAGCAUUCCCCUGUAAUUGGAUUGGGUUUUGUUUUGUAAAUAUUACUUUUAUGGGCUAUGCUUUUAUAAUAUCCAUAUGCAUGAUAGAAACAUUUUAAUUUGUGGCCAUUUUUCCCAGGAAAUAGUAGACAACUUCAUGUUCAUAUAUGUUCUGUGGAGGCAUGCAGUAAAAUAAGCAUCACACAUUAUAAGGGGUUUUAGUGGUAAAAAAAAAAGUUACAAAUGGCAAAAUAUUUUCUGUGUAUUCAUUGUCGUAUUUUUCUACAGUGAGAUGUGAUCUUGCCAAAGCCAUUAGACCUUGGUACCCAGGCCCUCCUAUAAUGAGCUGAUUGUCUGCCCCAGAUUCCCCAGUAGCCAGUUGGCUACAGCUUUUGCCCACAUCCCUAUUUUCUGAAUUACUCUGGUUUACAGCUGAAAUAUAUACUCUUAAGUCCAAAAUGGUGAUCGACCUGGGUUCUUGAAAAUCAUUUUAACUAAGUGGAGCAUGGUUACUCUUUCUGUGAAUAUCGUUUAAUCUUAAAAAUAUCAAGUAAAAACCUCUUGACAUUUUAUUUUGUAAAGCUUAAAUGAUUUAGGUUAUGAACUGUGAACUUUAUUUGUAUGAAAUUGAUCAGAAAGAAAAAUUCUUGAAAAUGCUAAUAUGUGAUUCAGAAAAUAUAAGUGAUCCUCAGCCCUGAUUGCGGGUACAGAUCACUCUGGAACUCUCAGUAGCCAACAUCUUUCUGUCAGGUCUGAGUUGAUGCUUUAAAAACAACCAGCUUUUCAGGUGAUUGUUAGUGUAGCCCGGCUUGAAGCUGUUCUUUUAAGCUCACUUUCCCCUAAAGAUAGGUUGAUGGCAUCAGAUUUGACCACAGGAAGAUGGAGCCAGACUCAGUAGUACACUUACAUUGUUUCCUGAUAUGCAGUUGCUUCUUACUCUGCUCUAAUCCACUAUAAAAUGCAGAAUUCUCGGCUCUCCUCUCUAGAGAGUCUUACUCAAUAAAUCAAAGGCAGUAGGAUUUCACAAAUGUGUAUUUCUAAAAAUACCACAGAAGAGUCUUAGCAGGUUAUCCAAGAAUCACACCCAGAAAAAAAAUAUAUAUAUAUAUACCCUAGACUCUGGAGAGGUCUGGCUUUGCCAUAUGCUAGUUUUCAACUUUGAACAAGUCAGCCUCCGUGAGCCUAGCUCCUCUUGUUUAAAGAUGAAGAUUGAAGAUGAAUAUCUCCUCUACCUACCUCACAAAGUUGUCAAAUUGAGAUCAAAUGAAAACAACAGUCUGGAAGCUCUUUGAAACUGAAGUGUUGUGAAAUGUGCAGGAUUAAGAUUCUUGAGGACUAAAGAGCUUUAUUGGAGGUCUACUGUAGUACAUUUCUAGACACAUGUUUAAUUCGUGUGUCUGCUUCUCUCGCCCUUUAAAACUAGGAGUGCCCACAUGACAGAAGAGCCAGUUUCCUGGUAGCCAUGACUUACUUCUGUCAUGUUGCUUCUCCGAAGUAUGCAUCAGUAGAGAUUACCCAUUCUUCAUAAGACACAUGUGAGCAUUUGGCCCCACAUGCUUUCUCUUUCCUCUGUCUUGCCAGCUUUCUCCUUGGAACUGGGGUUACCACUUGGAGAGGCCCAAAGUCCCUUAUAACUGAUAACUUGUCUAUAAACAGAUCAAUAACUCAUGAAGCUUCUGUCAGAGAAGCUCCGGGAACAGCAUGAGCAAACCAAAACAAACAUCCACAAACCAAACAGCAGUGAAGAGAGGAGACCAGUGUGAGCUCAAAGAUGUCAUCUGCCACCAUCUGCAUCACUGCCUAUUGCCAAGUGCUAGUUGGUUGUCUUUUAAAGUGGGCCAAGUGUAGACAGUGAAGAGAGCAUUGCCAUGAAAGUCUCACCUUUGUGCUUCCAGAGUUUGUGUGUGUUGUUGCAUUUCCUCUUGCUUUGGUAGUGGUGAUGCGUAUAUGGAUAAUGUUAACCUUACAGUCACCUUCACCAAGUACCAUCCUUCACUUGUUCUGUGCACUCAGCACAGUACUGUUUGGUUUAAGUAGCUGUUCAAUUUGGGCCAUGCUCUUUAUCAUGUUACUGCGCCAGGUUUUAAGAAUCUUUUUUUUUUUUUUUUUUUUUGAAGAAACCAUUGAAGAAUGACAGCAGAACAGUUAAUUCCAAAUCUUAACCUGUUUAACUUGUCUUGAACAAGUCUGGACAGUUUUCUUACCAUAUAGGUUACUUUAAUUUCUGUUGUGAUUGGCAUAUGUUAAUACUUAGUGUUUUCUUUGUUCAAUUGACAACCAAGAAAAUGAUAGUGCCCUCUAAAAUGUUAAUAUUAUUAAAAGGGUUUUGAAAAGAACUUUGAUUUUAGCAAUAUGGUUUUAUUCAAUAAUUAGGCAAAAAGAUCCAAGGCAGUAUUAAGCUCAAAACAGUAAUUUGUUUCAGAGAGCAGUUGAUGAAUAACAAUUAGCACAGGGCUUAGUACAGAGUAAGCUUUCCAGUAAAUGUUUAGCGACUAGCUAACUACAUGGCACUCAGACCAUGAGAAUUGUUUUUAUACACACACACCCCCAUUGUGAAUUUGUUAAAAAUCUGUGUAAAGUAAGAAUCUUUUCAGUUUCACACAAAAAAGAUGCAAGAGAUAGGAGGUUUAUAGAACCUAGGUUCAUAAGUAAACUCAGGAUUCGUUUAAGCUUCUUUUAUGCCUUUUUGUGACAGCUAGGAUGAGAAAAGCUUGGGAUUGCAGAAACAGGUCAGUGGGUAAGUGGACCUGCUGCUCUUCCAAAGGACCCAAGUUCAGUUCCUCCCUCCCUUGUGCUCACAGUGCCUACUGUAGCUCCAGCUCUGGGGAUCUAACAUUCCCUUCUGGCCUCCUGACACCAACACACUUGUAACACACACACAUAAAUACAAAAUAUGAAAAAUGUUCAUUUAAUUCAACUAUGUAUAAUGUAUAUACAUUUACAUAAAUUUGAUUACUGUAUAUGGAAAUGCAUUGGCAUUUGUACAUCUCUUCUGGCUUUCCUUCCUUUUCAUUUUUUGUUGUUACAGCCACAUGAGUACUGGGACAGGCAUAGGAAGAGUAGGCAUGCCUCCCCAUGCGCUAGACUACAAUUGCUUUCUCUAAUCUAAUUCUAAUCCUAUUUAUCUUUAGUAAUUAUACUGAUACAGAAUAAUGCUUAUCUUUCAAGAUCCAAAUCUGAGAGAGAAAAAACAAUAUUAAAAGUCUGUUCAGACCGCCAUUUUAGUAGACAUAGGAGUUUAGUUAACUUAUAGUCAGCACAUAGUAGUAAGUAUGUUUAUCCCUGUGUUCUCUAACUAGGAAGUCUGGCUUUAAAGGUUUUUUAAAGUUUCCUCUAAUAUUUUGAUCAAAGGUCGAGGGAGUACAAAAUGCAUUAAGUUCAAUAUAUUUAACUAUGUUGAAUGAUAAGUUAUAUUUACCUUUUUACCUAAAUAGUCACCAGAAACCUAUCUUGCCCUUUUCGGGGAUUUUUGGGGGGAUGGUAGAAUUGUUUAUAAUUGACUCUAGUUUUAUUAGCACCACUUCCCAUAGUUAAAAAUGUUUUCUACUGUCUAAUAAUUCAAAAGUUUAAAAUUUGCCAGGGGUAGUGACACACAUCUUAGCACUCCGGAGGCCGAGGCAGGAGAAUCUCUUGUGAGGUCAUCCUGAUCUUCAUAGUGAGUUCCAGGGCAGUUAGGACUAUAUAGAAGACCUUGUCUCAAAAAAGAAAUAAAGAUUAAGAAAUCUUAAGGUAAAGAUAAUUAAAAAUUAGUAAUUUUUAUUUAUAAAUAUUCAGUGUUCUAUUAUUCUACUCAUUACCACUAUCGAAUUAGUACUUUUGACUUUUUCGAGCUUGUUAUAUUUCUUAAAGCAGAUAAGUGUAUUAUUUUAUUAGUAGUAUUAUGGCCUUAAGCUUUUUGGUAUAUAAUCGGGCUUGCUCAAAUUUGCAGACUUUUAGAUGAUUCUUUGUUUUUGCUACCUGGCUUUUUAAAAUUUAGAACUCAAUGGCUUUGUUUUGGCAAGGUUUUAGUUAAUAACUAGUAAGAAUGCAUUGUGUUAUUUUAAAAAAUAUCCAAGGAUUUUUGAGUCAGGAAAGCUGAUAUCUAGUUUUGCCUCUCCUUUCAGUGAGCUCUGUUAACCCGAUAGAGCAUUUUUGUUUGCAGUUGAAAGGAAUUCAGGAAUUAGAUUAGGAGUCUCAGAUUCCACCAGACUCUAAUUUGUUUCUCCCUUGACCAUUUUAUAGUCAUUGUUGAGAGCUCACUUGUAUUGUCUUCCCAUAAACUCUGUUUGCUCGAUCAGCUUACUCAGCUAAGGCAGCUGCACUCUAGGACCCCAGUGUUAGAAAAGUAUCCUGACAGUGGGCUCCAUUUCCAGCCCCCUCACAGACUGGCUCAGGCUGAUCUCAGAGGCUUAGGUGUAUAUCCCAGGCUGGCUUUGAGCUCAUGGAACUCUCACCCUUGCCAGGCAAGUGCUGGGAUUUCAGACAUGCCACCAUGUUCUAACUUAAGCGAUUUUUAAAAGAGGAAAAUUAUAGAUAAUAAAAGUAAAAGAAGUUAUAAAUACCAGGCAUGGCUUUUAAUGGGAAAAAUUUAGAUGUCAACAUAAGUUGAUAAACAAAAGAAAUGACAUGAUAUUUUUGAUAUUUGUUCUCUUAAUUAUGAAUAUAGAUUUUCUAGUCCAGCCCUCAUACCAAAUGCAUUCUGUAGAGCUGUAGUGUAGCUCAUUGGGAGAGUACCUCCCUAGCAUGUGUUCAAAAUAAAAUCAGUGAUGAACAGAUCGCUGACAGCACCGGUCCCUUUGCUAAUUAAAAGGCUGUCAGGUUUUUCCAGCUUUCAUUAGUGUUGUUUUUGCUGCUGCUGCUGCUGCUACUGCUACUACUACUAUUACUAUUAUUUUGGUUUUUCAAGACAAUGUUUCUCUGUGUAGUCCUGGCUGUCCUGGAACUUGCUCUGUAGAUCAGGCUGACCUUGAACUCAGAGAUCUGGUUGCCUCUGCCUCCCACGUGAGAGGCUUAAAGUUAUGUGCCACCACUGCCCAGAUUGAUUAUAAAGUCUAAAGAACUUAGAGAAAUGGAAUAGAACUCUUUAACUGCCUCCUCAACUUCAUUGAAUAUGUGUAGUUGCAGAUUGCCACAGAAAAGCGAUGACCGAUUUUAAAAUAUUAGCAGGAUUAGGAUUUAGCUCAGCAAUAGACAGGGCCAUGGGUUCAGUCCCAGCAUUGAAAAUAAAACUCAUAAAAUAUUGUUAGAGAUAAAUGUGACUUGUUAUUGUUCAUUUGUCCUGGCUUUGCAGAGAAUAUUACCAUAAAGUUCCCUUAAUUCUCCUGGGGCCAGUGAGAUGACGUGGCAGGUACUGGCACUUGCUGCCGUGCCUGACAGUGUUGGUUUCUAGCCUAGACACUCAUAUGAUGGGGGAGAGAACAGACUCCCACAAGUUGUCCUUUGACCUCCACAUGCGGGUUGUAGUGCACAUGCACACACAUAAACAAAAUAAAUUAAUAAAAAAUUGUAAGUAGUCUUUAAUAAAACAGAUUCCAAUAGCUUCAUCCUUUCAAUAGAAUUCUCUUGUAAAUUAAUGACGCUUUACAUGAAUUGGAUCAAGGAAAUCUCACUUGCUAUCUUCUAAUCUUAUGUGUUUGGAUGUUCUGCCUGGAUCUGUGUCUGUGUACCAUUUGAAUGCCUGGCACUGAGGGAUCCCCUGAAAUAAGGCUAUAGAGGGUUGUGUGCCACUAUGUGGGUGCUGGGAAUCUAACCCCAGUCCUGAAAGAUCUUCUAACCACUGAGCCAUUCCUCCAGCCCACCCAGUUGGAAGGUGGGUUUCUUAGCUCUGACUGUCUGCAUCCCUUCAGACAUCUUGAAUGCCUUGGACUGUAGACAUACAGUGUACAGUUGAGACUGAAGUCUGAUGAGUUCAUAGCAUUAGGAAGUAGGUAUAGGUUGAUGUACUGGUUUCUAGUGGGAUUUUUUUUCUAACUAUGUCAGCUUUGUUGCCCCUCCCAUCCCCUUUGGUUCUGGUGAACAAGCAUGUGCUAGGCAGCCAUUCUACCAGUGAGCUAUAUACACAGCCUCAGCGCCUAUUAGAUUUCCUUAGCUACAUUUAAUCCCUUGUCUUAGGUCUGUCACUGGUUCUCAGAAAUUAGAUGCUCAGUCUCUCAGAGAGUCCUAUGGCCAUAUGCUGCAUAAUGAUGCUUUAGUCAUUUUUAGUUAGGAAACACAUGGCAGCCUAAGGCAAGAGGAUCCCAAGGUUAAGUCCUGUUUCAGACACCCUGUCCAUACAGCAGUGGUCCCAUAGGGUCAUAUCACUUAGUAACAUCAUAGGCAUGUGAUUCGGUGAGUGCAUGCUCUGACGUUGCAAAGUGACCCAGUUGCUUAGCAACAUAUUCCUCGGAUGUAUUCUGCCAUUAACCAUAACCGUUAACAUUUUUUUAAAUUGUCUCUAAAAACAGCACAUUUAUUUUCAGUUUUCUGGCUCUUACAAGUCCUUGUUGUUGCAUACAUUGACUAUGAAGUCCAGUUUCAAUGAAUAUUGGGGAUUGAUAAUGAGAAGUUCUAUAAGAAAAAAAAGUAACCCUAGAGGGGUGGUUUAUAGUUAUCCUUCUUUUCUUUUUCUGUUUGUCUAGCCACCCUUCCACCCUCAGUUUUGAAAAGCUGGCACAUCUCUUCCCUCAGCCCUGUCUCAGGUCAUUUUCCCAGAACUAAUCGUGUCAGCAGAAGCACUUACUAUGAAAUCAUUUUUUUAAAGAAAUCUGCACAGUAGAUUUUUACAUUGAGCUGAGAUGAAUAUGCCUUGAAAAUAAUAUAAGUGUGAAAUUGUUUAAAUCAUAAAAUGGAUUCUCUAGCAUGAAAAUGUUUGUUUAAGCUAAGUGUGGGGACUCACACUGGAAUCCCAGUCUCUUGAGAGGCUAAGACAGAAGAAUUAUACAUUUAAGGCCAUCUUGUGCUGCAUGGUAUAUAAUUAUAGGCCAACCUGAGCUACAUAGUAAGACCGUGUCAAAAACCAAGUAGAGGGAGAAGGGGAAAGGCAUUCAGACUCUGGAAGCUGAAUAAAUGUGGAUUUUGUUAUCAUUUCUCUUUUUAUAGUGCUCCAACUUCCCCAGAACCAUCCAGCUUCUCGUGUUUUAUGUUUGCUUUAUUAUUUCCCCUGGGACUAGGGCCUUGCCUGCUACCAGAGCCUUGCAUAUAUUCGGCAAGUGUUCCAGCUCACCAGACCUUGGUCUUUUCUAUCAGGUAUCAAGGCCUUGAACUUGCUGUGUUGUGUAGACUAGCCUUGAAGCUUACAUUCUUCCCGCAUGGCCUCCUGAGUGCCAAGGUUGCAGUCGUGAGCUUCUCAUGUACUUAACAUCAGCUUAUAUUUUUCCUUCCUUCCUUUCCUUCCUAAUUGUGUGUGUGUGUGUGUGUGUGUGUGUGUGUGUGUGUGUGUGUGUGUGUCUGUCUGUGACGAAUGUGGAACCAGGCCUUUCUUUUAUUAUCCACACCUUCUGCCACUGAACCAUAUCUCCAGCCCUUUAAUACCAACUGCAAACAGCUUUUCUGCUUUUAUUUUCAGUUUCUAGAUUUUGAUUUUGAGUCUUACUUUCUCACUGAAGUUUAAAGCUUUGUUUCCUCGUGGUAAAGUACACAUUGUCACCUCCCCCUCUCCCCCCGCCAGCUUCCAGAGUACAGUUUAUAGAGCCUGGAGCAUCGUGCUGGCUUAUUUCCUUUGUAGGAACUAUUAUAAAAAUUAAUUCUCAAAAUUAAAAUUUUAAAUUAGGAAGUGUUGUUUUCAAGUCCAACGUGAUAGAUAUAUGUCUAUAAUCCCAGCAUUUAGGAGGCAAGGCUAAAUGAGGCCAGAGGAUUGCCAGGAACUGACGGCCAGGCUGAGCUACAUAACAAGACCCUGUUUUCAAAAAUGAGAAAAAAAAAUACUCUCUAAUAUUUUAAUCUGAUAGGUUGGAGGAGUAUUUAUAGAAACACGUAUCUAUGAUAAUAGUUAUUCAUUGUCUGUAAUACAGAAUAUCUAAAUCCCAUAUUAAUGAGCUGUCUCUUACUUUCUUGUCUCAGUGAACAACUCUGUUGUUGAGUGAUUUCUCUGACACUUGAGCUCAAGGUUCUCUCAGUCUGAAUAGUUGGAAAUACUCUUCUAAGCAUGUGAAAUUGCUGUCUUGGGAGGAAGUAAGCACAUGUUAGGGACUUAGGCUGUUUUAGAAGAGAUGUUAGCUUUUCACCUCCACUCUUCUCAGGCUAUCAGAAGAGACAACUCUUAGGUCAUCUCAAAAACUGCUCAGUCUUGUUGCUGAAUUCCUGCUUUUAAAGACACUUUAUCAACCUGAAGUAAAUACCUUUGAGAACACUUAAGAUACAUAAGCUCUUCACUAAGUCUGUGUUUGAUUUUCAAGCUUUUAUAAGCUGACAUACUGUCACAAUGUCAAGGGAAUAGUCGACAAAUACCAUUUAGAGGUAGACUAAUCCCCUGGUGUAAUAGGUACUCAAUUUUUGCCAACUACAGAGUUUUAUCCUCCAAAAUAAAUGAAUGCCAUGCUAUACAGCCAACACAUGUUCUGUAAGCUUUCAUCUAAAGAUUUUCUUUAUACUUAGCUUUCUGGUCAGGGGAACAAAGGUAUAGAAAUAUAAACACACAGAUAAGAAUAUGAAACUCCUAUCCAGGAAAUUCUCAGUUUUAUGGUCCAAAAAGGUAUAAACUAGGUUGUUUCAAACUCAGACUAAAUUGCCCCAUAUUGUUGUGAGUAAUUCAAAUAGUUGCUUGGAGUCAUUACUCAGUACCCGUUGCACUCUUGGAGUUAUUCUGGGCGUCUCAGUUCUCGAUGCAUUCUUGUGUUAGACAAAGGUACUUUGAUUUCAGUAGAGACUUGGUACACCUCUUCCUCAGUGAUGCCCCUCAGUGAGCCCUAAUUUAGCUGAUCUGAUCCCCAAAUGCUCAGCCUGAAACCUUUCUAGUUCCUACUCGUUCCAGUGGCUCUGAUCAGUCUGUCCAAAGUAUGACCUACUUCAAGUGUUAGGAAGAAGCAAAUUCAGACAAUUCAUAUUAAAUUGUCAGUGACUAUAAUCUUAUUAUCUUGCUGAAAGAGAACCAAACACAUAAACAUUGACAGCUCUGCUCAAUGACAGGAAAUUUACAGGUGAAUACUGUCCAUGCUUGCUCAAAAAACACUUUCCCUGUUUUCUGUUGACAAGUUUUCAAGGAAUAUGGAGGUGGGAAAACUACUCCUUUUUCAUUAUUCUGAAACUUAUUUUUAAAUAACUGGUACUUAGCAAUUUAGUUUUUAAAACACUAUUCCGAAUUAAAUUGCUGAGGUAACUAAAUUCUAGACCUAACCUUGUUUUAUCAUACAGCCAUCUAGUUAGAAAGUGUUUGUGGUGAAGACUUGUAUCUUGUGGCACUAGUUCUUCAUGUUUCUUCUCCAUGUGUCGGCUAAAACAGAUCAUUUCCAGAAGAGUGGAAAGUUACUGUUGUUGGGGGUCUGUGUAGGGCGGGCACACCCAGUUAGAGCAUGGGCUGUACUGUCACGGUAGCUGGGUGUGCUCUGCACUCUGCUGUUGUAGAUUUAUUUUGUUUACAGUAGACUGAUGUCAGUUUUGUAAAUGUUUUUCUUAGCACUUUAACUGUGAGUGUAAAAACUGAUUUUAAAUGUAGUGGUUGUAUAUUUUGGUUAUAAAUUGGAAAUUUUUAAUAAAACUAAAUAACUUGUUCUCUUGUC